AUGGCGGGAAGGGGCGGGGCGGGGCGGACAUGGAGGGCGGGGCUAAGAAGUGGCCGGCGCGCUGGGCCCCCUGCUGCGCACGCGCGUCCUCGCGCCCCGCCGCCAUGGCGCCGGCGUCGUCCAGUCAGCCGCGGGUGGUGGCGGCGACUUCCCCUCAGGAAGUUAGGUCUCCGCCUCCUCCCCCCCACCCCGCCUGCUCUGCGGCGGAGGCGGCGGCGGCGGCGGCAGCGGCGUUUCUGCCUCUCCGCCACCUCCACCGCAGCCUCUGACCCCCGGCCGGCGUUGUUGGCGGGGAGGGGGACAGUAGUUGUAGACGCUCGCCCCUGCCUCAGAGAAGGUGAGUUCCCGCCCGGCGGCGGGGGCGGCCCGAGCUUCAGCCCUCCACUCCCGCGGCCCGGCGAGGGCCGAGCGGGGGCCCCGCCUGCGACAUGGCCGACGACCCGGGCGCGGCCCGGCGGCCCUCGGAGCGCCUCUCUCCUCGGGACCCCUCGGCACCCGCCGCGCCAUGGCCGAGCGACGCCGCCGCCUGGCGAGCAAGCCGAGGUCCGAGGGGGCCGGGAGAAGAGGCGGCCCGGCCGAGGGCAGUGGGGGUCCGUGAGGACGCCCCGUCUUCAGGCGAACCCCCGCCCCCGAGGGCAGCCUCGGGUCGGUGGCCGCGGAGAGGACACUUCACGGCAGGCCACUUAG